AUCGACCCCAACUCCGGUUCGUAUUCCCAGGCCGAUCGAUCCUUCUACUAGUGCUCGCUUUCGUCGUCGUCACUUCCCCAAACCAGAAAUUUCUCUCUCGCGCGCACCGCAUGCAUGCAAUCGCGUUGCAGUAUUAGGGUUUCCAGCGAGCUAGCCAUGGAGGACAGCGGAUCAGCCGACCGCAUCAGCUCCCUCCCGGACGAUCUGCUCCACCUGGUCCUCCUCCGCCUCGGGUGCGCACGCGACGCCGCGCGCACCUGCGUCCUCUCCCGCCGCUGGCCCCGCGUCUGCGCCGGCCUCCCCAAGCCCGAGCUCGACGUCACCCUCCACUACGUCCCGCUCGACUGGCUCGAGGGAGCGCUUCGCCGCGUCGCCGGCCCCGGGGUGCGCCUCCUCGACAUCUGCGUCGCCCUCGGGCCGCAAGACGGCAGCAGGGUGCGAUUCGGCCCCCCAGUCGGGCCGCAAGACGGCAGCAGGGCGCGGUUCGUGCCGCCCGUAGUGCCGCAAGACGGCAGCAGGCCACGGUUCGUCCCACCCGUCGUGCCGCAAGACGGUAGCACGCCGCCGUUCGUCCCACCCGUCGGGCCGCAAGACCGCUACAGGCCACGUUUGGUCGUCGACCGUUGGUCGCCACGGUACGUUGCUGGCACCAUCGUCUCAGCGGCGCUGCGCGCCGCCGCAGCGCUCGCGCCGGUGGAGCUCCGCUUCAUGCUCACGCAGACGCGGGUCCCUUGUCUCGUAGGGCUGCCCCGCUUUCUCCGCGCCACCUCGAUGGAGCUGCACGGGCUGGACCUCCGCUUGCAAACCUCACAGGCCGGCGCCGGGUUCCCGUUGCUCGAGAGGCUGACCCUCUCCGGCUGCAACGUCGACCUCGGGGUCAUGAUCCCCAACUGCCCGCGCCUGCAGGUGCUCACGGUGGACGACUUCACCGUCCGCUCGACGUCGCUGCAAGGGCUCCUCGUGAACCGUAUGAAGGAGAUGAGAGGCCGCGCAGAGGCAUGCGCGCUUAGGCAAUUGACGGCGUUGUCCUCCUUCCUGGACGGCGGCGAGCAUAGCUGGUCCUGCUCGUAUCCCGAGGUGACUCAUGGGCUUGGUCUUUGGGGCCUCUUGGAGCUGGGCUUGAAGACAUCAAAGAGACAAGGAGAGGAGGUCUUGUCCCUGCACAUGUGUGCCCAAGAUUCAUUGAGUUUUCGAGGUGCAGAGCGCGGAUUUGUGGCAGAGAUAGGUAAACAUGUGGUCACCCAAUUCUCUACUUUGAAUCUGCAUCUCACAACAAUGGGGCAUGCAUUUGGAGCAUUUGUGUUGUGUCUCCUUCGCAUGCAGCGUCUUAGCGAGAUACAAAACUUUAACAUCGUUGUAUCGAGAUCUGAGGUGAAAGAAACAUGCCCACUAAAUUGUCCUUGUGAUGGCCCAAAGGGCUGGAGAUCCCAAACUUUCUCCUUGAAUCUUCGAAAAGUGAAAAUUGAAGGCUUCAAAGGGGAGAAUCAUGAGUUAGAUUUCUUGAAAGUGGUACUUAGAUGCUCGCCAAUGCUUAAAAGUGUGACUGUGAAGCUGCCAGAUCAGGACAUGCCCAGAGAUGAUUGGUGCACAAAAAUAUACAAUAUUUUUGGAGAGUAUCCAUAUGUGGAAGGCAACAUUGAUCUUAUCUCUGGUUAGUAGGGCUUCUGCUUGCAUGAUUAGGAUAUAUGUCUAGACGGAACAAUUACUUUUACCUUUUGCAUGACUAACAUGUUCCUAGAUGCGGCAACUACAUUUAUGUAAUUAUUAUAUGUU